GUCGUACAUUUCAAGUGUCUGUCACAAAAAAUCAUUUACAAAAUGAAAUUUUUUUUUAUAAAAUUUUGGGGGUACCACCUGUUGCCGUGUUGAUCCGAAAAUAAUGUCAUCAAAGCCAGAUCAAAAUGGCAAUCGACAAUUUCUAAAAAAUAUAACGAAUUUUGAUGAGCCUAGACCGUUGACAAUGCGAUUGAUGCAAGACAGCCGCAAGAAGGAUGAUGAAAUAAAGAUUUUGAAACGCCAGAAUCAAGAAUAUCGAAUAAAAGUAGCUUUUUAUCACCAAACCCUGCGACAACAACAACAACAACAACAACAACAACAACAUCAGGAUCGUUAUUACUAUCUUGAACAUGACACAUUUCAUGUUAGAUACAAUAUUUACAUUCCCAGUUCAGUAUCCCGUAAGGCAUUUGACGCUAUAAAUCCGUCUAAAUUCAUAAAAAUAAUGUCACACGCGAUUUGGGGUGAAGAAAAUAUUUCAAAGCUCGUAGUUCGUAAACAAAAAAACACUGGAAACCGCGAGAAAUUAGACGAUAGAAGAUUAGAAUUGGUAUCUAUACACUAUCAACAUUUUUUAAAGAAGCGUAAUUAUUCUGAAGGAGUUUUUGAUUUGCAGAUACGGGCUGUGAAUACAUAUUUAGACCGAGCAAUUCAGAGUGCAAAAAAAAAGUUCGACGAUCAUAGCUCAUGUAUUCUGUAUUUCGGGCCAAAUCCAUUACUUUUAAACUCAACUCUAUUCGAUUUGGAUUAAACCUGUUUAGUUUAAGUUUUUAA